AUGGAAAUUCUCUCCAGGCUCACUCCCAACACUCUCAUCAACUGCAGGUGCGUUUGCAAAUCAUGGCUUUUUGUGAUUUCCCACCCUCAUUUUAAUCGUCUCCUCCAUUCAAGAUCCCCAAUUGGCAUCUUCAUCCAGACAUUUCCUCAUCCCAUCAGAUGGAAAGGGAGGAUACUAGAGUUCACCCAGAUAGUAGAAUGUGCUGCUCCUGAUUUGCAGCUAGAGAAGAUGAGUUUUCGUCCCAAAGUUAGCAUACCGCUUAUUGGUGACAAAGAGGGUUUCAUAACGAAAAAUGGUUUGUUAAACUCCUGCAAUGGUUUACUUUGCUUGUCUGGACCGAAAAGAAAUGAUAUCUUGUAUGUGUGUAAUCCAAUUUUGGGUGAGUUCAUCACCACACCACCUCUUAAAAAUGGUAUAGACUACCUCGCUUUUAAUGGACUUGGUUUUAGUGCUGCUACCAUUGAGUACAAAGUGUUAAAGACUUGCCAGGCGAAUCAGGCUCAGAUAUACACCAUUGGUACUGGAGUUUGGAGAGACAUUGGACAGGCUCCUUUUGGCAUUGUGUGGUUUCCGUUUAAUGCUUUUCUACAUGGAGCUCUUCAUUGGGCUACCCAGUAUUGGUCGGGUUAUGAGUUUAUGCAUUCCUUCAACUUUGAAACAGAAAAGUUUCAAACAAUACCCCCACCUAGCCACUUUGCACUGAAAAGGAAACUUAAAGAGCGGGUAACCUUGGGAGUGCUGGGACGUUGUCUCCUCUUAUGUGCCUUUGAAGAUGACAGUAGCAAAUUUGAUAUGUGGGUUAUGAAGGAUUAUGGUGUCCAAGAGUCUUGGACAAAGUUUCUUGUUAUUGAAAACUUGAGCCCCACAAGAAGUUUGACACGUGCAGACUAUGAACCAAUUAUGUUCUUGAGUAACGGUGAAAUCUUAAUGUCGUAUGAUGCUUCUGCUGUGGUUUGUUAUAAUCCAGAAACAAAGAGUUUCAAGGAAACUAGUAUUGGUCCGAUUGGGUUAGGAUUUGUCGCUACGUCUUAUAGUCCAUCCUUUGUUUCACUCUACUAUAUUUCAAAAGGAGAGGAGGUGGAAAGUGUAAGAGACAAUGAGAACUUCAAUAAGCUGUUUCAUAAAGGAAGUAGUAGUUCUGCUUGUUCUGUGAGGCCACCCCAUAAGUCCACAAAACUCAACCCAGGGAAUUGCCAGCCUGUUGUUCAAGAGGGUCUCCCUAGGCCUAGAAUCAUAACUUCCUCUGUUGCUUCCUCAAAACUCAACCCAGGCUAUUGUUCCCCUGCUGUUCAAGAGGGCCUCCCUAGCUCUAAAGCCUAA